GGGGGUGUCCUUUCCUAUGCAUCAGCCCCCCCCCCACCCCUUGAAUUUCAGCUUUACGCUGUAGCUACUGUAGGCUUCCCGGGGAAGUUUUUGUCGUCACCCUACGAACAAGCGUGACUAAAGACCAAUCAGCUCACGGCCCUGGCGGCUGUUGCUAGGCAGAUUAUGGUAAUAAACCAAAGGACUCCCCCCCCCCCUCCCGCUCUGCAGCUACCAUUGUGAGGUGAGGACAGGUGGGCGGGUUUGAUCUACGGUGGGGCCCUGGGAGCUCGGCCGGACACGACAGCUUCACGAGACCCCCUCAGCCAUGGUACAGAAGAUUCUCUUGUCUAGAGACGUAGCAGAUGGAUGACUCUAUUCAGCCAAACGCAGUCCCAAUGAUUUAGUUUUCACACCAUGGAGGCCCACAGCAGGGAUGACAUGGACUUGAAAGAAGAAUCUGCACAGGUGUGGUCUGAAUCAGCUGAGCAGGAACAGAACACUGCUCAGGUUCACUUUGUCCCAGAAGGUGGAACAGUGGCCCAGAUUGUGUACAGUGAUGACCAGGACCGCCCUUCGCAACAGGUGGUCUACACGGCCGACGGCACCUCUUACACCUCAGUGGAUACCUCAGAGCACACGCUGGUUUACAUCCAUCCUGUGGAAGCCACCCAGACUCUGUUUACAGACCCAUCCCAAGUGACUUACGUCCAGCAGGAUGCAGCUACGCAGCAGGUGUCGAUACCUGUGCAUAACCAGGUGUUGCCUCCUAUGGAGGCCGUGGAUGAUGCUACUCCUCUAGAAUCUUUGCAGAACCCAAUGGAUAGCAUGGAAACAAAAGAGGAAAAUGAUGCAGAUGAGGAAGAUGAUGAGGACGAGGAGGACGAGGAAGAAGAUGAGGAAGAGGAUGAGGGGGAAGAUACAGACAUGGAUGAAUGGGACCCUGAUCCACCACGCCCCUUUGACCCAAACGACCUGUGGUGCGAAGAGUGUAAUAACGCCCAUCCCUCUGUUUGCCCCAAGCACGGACCUCUGCACCCAAUCCCAAACCGACCAGUAUUAACAAGAGCAAGAGCCAGCCUUCCCUUGGUCCUUUACAUAGACAGAUUCCUGGGAGGAGUGUUCUCCAAACGACGCAUUCCCAAGCGCACACAGUUUGGCCCUGUGGAAGGACCUCUGGUCAGGCAGUCGGAGUUGAAGGACUGCUACAUCCAUUUAAAGGUGUCUCUUGAGAAGGGUGACCGAAAAGAUUGGGACCUACAGGAGGAUCUCUGGUUUGAGCUGUCCAGCGAGGCUCUUUGCAACUGGAUGAUGUUUGUGCGACCAGCCCAGAAUCAUCUGGAACAGAAUCUCGUAGCCUACCAAUACGGCCAUCAUAUUUAUUUCACGACCAUUAAAAACGUUGAGCCUAAACAAGAACUCAAGGUGUGGUAUGCCGCUUCAUAUGCCGCAUAUGUGAAUCAGAAGAUCCAUGAUAUAUCUGAGGAGGAAAGGAAAGUUCUCCGAGAACAAGAGAAAAACUGGCCGUGCUACGAGUGCAACCGACGGUUUAUGAGCUCCGAACAGCUCCAGCAACACCUCAACUCCCAUGACGAAAAGCUGGAUUUCUUCAGCAGGGCACGAGGCAGAGGUCGUGGGCGAGGAAAGCGAAGGUUUGGACCAGGCAGGCGACCAGGUCGUCCUCCCAAAUUCAUUCGCUUGGAAGUCACCAGUGAAAAUGGAGGGAAAUGUGCAGAAGGGACACAGUUUCAGGAUUUGCUGCAUUUCUCCAGCAAGGGGCAGUUUGAGGAGACGGGACAAACCUCACUGAAUGGUCUAGACCAACCAGAACAGACACCUGCCCCACCGGAAACCCCAUCAGCACUGGACCCACAGCCCGAGAGCCAUCCGUUGCAGCUCCAGCCGCAUGAACCAACUGUGGUGCCUACCCAGAGCACCAUCACCGAAGACGACAUGCGACGAGCAAAGCGUAUCCGGAAUGCAGCUCUCCAGCACUUAUUCAUCCGGAAGUCGUUCCGACCCUUCAAAUGCCUGCAUUGUGGGAAGGCUUUCCGUGAUAAGGACAAACUAGAUCAGCACUUAGGUUUCCACGGACGGGAAGGCAAUUGCCCUCUGACUUGUGACAUCUGCAAUAAAGGCUUCAUCAACAGCAGCGCUCUGGAAAGUCACAUGAAGUUCCACUUGGACCAGAAAACCUACUCUUGCAUUUUCUGCCCUGAGUCCUUUGACCGCUUGGAUCUGCUGAAAGAUCACGUGGCAAUCCACGUGAACGAUGGCUAUUUCACUUGUCCUACCUGUAAGAAGCGCUUUCCAGAUUUUAUCCAGGUAAAGAAGCACGUGCGCAGCUUCCAUUCAGAAAAGAUUUACCAGUGCACAGAAUGUGACAAGGCCUUCUGCCGUCCUGAUAAGCUGCGCCUCCACAUGCUGCGACACUCGGACCGCAAGGACUUCCUGUGCUCUACCUGUGGGAAACAGUUCAAGAGGAAAGACAAACUCCGGGAGCACAUGCAGAGGAUGCACAACCCAGAAAGAGAAGCGAAGAAGGCCGACAGGAUUAGCCGUUCCAAAACUUUUAAGCCUCGGAUAGCAUCGACCGACUAUGAGAGCUUCAUGUUCAAGUGUCGUCUGUGCAUGAUGGGCUUCCGGAGGAGAGGCAUGCUGGUGAAUCAUUUAUCAAAGAGACACCCAGACAUGAAAAUAGAAGAGGUGCCAGAACUAACACUGCCCAUCAUCAAGCCCAACAGAGAUUAUUUCUGUCAGUACUGUGAUAAGGUUUACAAGAGUGCCAGCAAACGCAAAGCGCAUAUUCUGAAGAAUCACCCAGGUGCUGAGCUUCCUCCAAGCAUCCGAAAGCUCCGACCAGCAGGCCCAGGAGAGCCAGAUCCCAUGCUGAGUACCCAUACCCAGCUCACGGGCACGAUAGCCACUCCGCCAGUCUGCUGCCCUCACUGUUCCAAGCAGUAUAGCAGUAAGACCAAGAUGGUGCAACAUAUUCGCAAGAAGCACCCAGAAUUCGCUCAGAUCGCGACGAACACGAUACACGUGCCAUUGACGACAGCCGUCAUCAGUGCUGCCCCUGCAGUUUUAACCGCUGACAGCACUGCUGGGGAGACAGUUGUGACGACAGAUCUGCUGACCCAAGCAAUGACAGAGCUGUCGCAGACACUGACAACAGACUACCGGACUGCACAGGGUGAUUUUCAGCGAAUUCAGUACAUCCCUGUGUCUCAGUCCACAACGGGCUUGCAGCAGCCUCAGCACAUACAGCUGCAGGUUGUACAAGUGGCUCAGGCCACCUCACCUCACCAGUCCCAGCAUUCCACAGUGGAUGUGGAGCAGCUGCAUGAUACACAGUAUACCCAGCACGCCAUCCAAGUGCAGCACAUCCAGGUCGCGGAACCAGCUGCUGCAGCCUCAUCGUCCUCCCAGGUGGGAGGUAAGCCCUUAAGCCCUUCGUCACAACCAUCUCAGCAGGAGCUCAGCCCUUCCCAGAUGCAAACACCCGCCUCUUCCCAAAGCCAAACUCUCCAGCCACAGCAAGGAUCCUCAGUUCAGCAAGCAUACCUACCUGGCACAUGGAACUCAUUUCCCAGCUAUUCUUCUGAGAUUCAAUAUGUGAUCACAGAGACCGCUGUUGCCACUCCCGUCACGGCAGUGAACACUGGGCAAGAGAAACCUGUCACCCAGACACAUUACGUAAUACCCCAAGGACAAUCUGAACUAGAUGUAAAACCAAACCUUUCACUUUCCAGUGGAGUAGAAGUAGGCUUAGCCGAGUCAUCAACGCACUCUGACGCCUUGGACUCUCCAACAGCCAAUCAGCAGCAGACAACACAAUACAUCAUUACAACCACCACCAACGGUAAUGGAAGCAAUGACAUGCACAUUGAAAAGCCAUGAACGUCCUCCACAGUGGAUAAACUAAGACGUUCGGUUGGGCCUGCUGAUUUUCCAGGACGUUACCCUAAAAGUAUGGAGCUCCAGGAGCUGUUUUUUGAAGUUUGCACAUAGAAAAUGUAGCUCUACAUUUCUUGCUGAUGCUUUAAAGAAUUCCACAACUAUAAGAAAUCAAAAGGAAACAUCCAUAACUCCCACGAGGAUUCUACUAUCUUCAGCAAUGGAUAGUAAUAGAAAAUGGAAACUUGAGUUUCCUCUGGAUUUUUCUUUGACAUACCCAUGUGGAGCCUUAUUUUUCAUUUGUGGAUGCCCCUCCAGCUUCAAUGUCAACAGUGAAGGAAAAACUUUCCUAGUCACGUAGCUGAAGGCAGAAUUAUUUUUAACCUUUUAAUUCCUACAGUUUUUUAAAAAGAGCAUCCUAUGGCUAGUUAUGUUUCAGGUGGCUUUAUUUUUAAGGAGCCGUGGGAGAAGGCAAUCUACCAGCUUGGGUAAAGGAUUACCUGAAAAGAAGGAACAAUCGUAGACCCUUAUUUUCCCACUCUAUGCGUGGGAUAGAUGGGACAAUGAAACUGUGAAGCUGUGUGGCAGCAGUUAAAUUAUUAUUGGUUGCAGUUUUUUCUUUUGGAACCCUGUGAACUGUUUACACGCCACCUGCACUUCAUUCAUACUCAGUUCUAGAGAGUACGAAUGGAGUAGAUUCAGAAACUUCAAAGGCCUCAAUCACAUCUACUCAAAUCAGAGUAGCAUAUGAUGGUUAUGCUGAGCUUAAACUUUCCACUGUUUGACCGUGUUUCCUCUGUCCAAGGGGAAGGAGGGAUUGGUUGUUGUUCCCUGAACAAACCAAUAAAAGGCUCAGAGAAAUUAACUAUGUUCAGUGGCUUUCGUGUGUCCAUUACCAGCCACUAGGUCAAGAGGGGAAUAAGUGGGGAGGGAAGGCCAAAUGUAAUUUAUUGCAGACUGAAGUUAACGGAAGGAGCAGACUCGAACUCUUACUAGAGUUGGCUGCUGAAGAGUCCCUUUAACGUCACAGUAUUGAAGGAUAACUCUCUGACCUUCCCUCUGUUUUAUGCAGUCUGGGGAUGUUAUACUGCUGUAGCCUCCAAACUUUCAUUCUCCCUCCCCUUCCUUUCACAGGAGCUGGAUGAAAAACGGCAGCUAAUUUUGGUGGGCUUUUUAUAAUACGAAUGGCCUUGCUCUGUGGGGGAAAAAAGAACUAUGCACACACAAAGACAGUAGAUCAGUAUUAAAGGGCAACAAAAGCCAUUUUCGAGGACUGUGUGAUUGAAUGAGCCUGGGGCACAAUCCACUGGGAACUCCUCCUUCGUAAGCCCUAUUUAGAUUAAUGGCUCUGCGCAAGGCAGUUGUUGUGUUCCUAUAAACCUCCCAUUCAUUUCAGUGAGGUUUGCGCAGGAGACGUUCUAAGCCAACCGAACACAGCGUGAGACUGGCUGAAGCCGGCAUUUCUGUAACACAGCCUAUUCGAAUGCUGCUCUAUGUUGUUUCAGCCAACUGGGACGAAUAAUUUCAAGUGCAAUAUUCCGGAGAGCGAGAGCUAUGGUUUUCUUUACUGUUAUUGGAGAGAGACACUAAAAAUCUUUAUUAUCCCAGCUAAAAUUUGUUCCUAGAAUUUUGCAGUGUAAUACAACACAUUUGUUCCAAACUCCAGAAGCUCUCCAAAGACAGCCAUUCAGCUGUCAUAAAAUCAGCCUGGCAUUCUAGUCAAGAAACCUAUUACUUGCAAGAAAGUCCAGUUAAUUCCAGUGAAAUAGACUUUCAUAUAACAGAAGUAUAGCCAUGGAGCAAGAUGGUCAGCUUACCCACUCACUGGCAAUGUUCUAAGCAUGUUUCACAAGGAACAAAUCCUCAUGUCCUUUCCUUAACAUGGCUGUUUUAUUAGUUCUGGUUAGCCUGUUCUAGAGAAGCAUACAGUUACUAGGGUGUUGUGGGUUUUCCGGGUUGUAUGGCCGUGUUCCAGGAGCAUUUUCUCCUGACAUUUUGCCUGCAUCUGUGGCAGAGG